GUGCGCAUCCGCGAUGGCCACGACGACCCGGGCCUGGCCGGCCAGUCGGGCGUGGUGCGCAGCGUCUCGGUCGGCGUGUGCUCCCUCUUCCUGCCGGACGAGGACCGCGUCGUCAACAUGGUGGCCGACCACCUGGAGCCCGUGCGCCCGCAGCGCGGCGACCGUGUCAAGGUCAUCCUAGGGGAGGACCGCGAGGCCAGCGGCCAGCUGCUCUCCAUCGACCACCAGGAGGGUGUCGUCAAGCUGGACCAGGAGGACGUCAAGAUGCUGCAGCUGCGCUACCUCUGCAAGCUGCACGUCUGAACGACUUCGGCGGUCGACACCCGAUGGGGAGAGAGAGCGAGAGGGGGAUGGGAAGGGGGGCGUCCGGCGCUACCGUGCGGCGCUCUGUAACCGGGGCAGUGCCGUGGCCGUCACCGCGCCGGCCACCGGCGCCAGGCUCGUGUCCUCUCUUUCGCGUGGUCGCCGUGGGAAGUUGGCGCCGGCCGACGACGCCGGGCGCACGCAGCGGCCUCUCCGGCCGUCGGUGUCGGUCGCUGCCCGACGGGCGCGCCGGUCCAGGGGCGCCGCUGCGUGUUGCAGGGGCGAGGCGAUGACCGUGUUUACUUUCACUGUGUUUGCCGUGGAGGACAUCGCGGACCGUUUGCCAACGCGUCCGCCGGGCUCCCACGGCGUCGGCGGAGGCGGACCGUGCCGCUCGACUCGCAUCGGCCCCUGCCGUCGCUCGCCGUCCGAGCCGGCCGCCAGCGCCGCCUCUUCCUUUCGACGAACUUCGCUGGCCGACUGGCCAGUCCAAUACACUGGUGA